AUGGCCAUUGACAAACCAGUCACCUCCGGCAGCGAGGUUGGUCCUGAAGAUAUGACGGGAGAUACGAUGUCUACGGGAAGACGGACGCCCUUUGGCUUUAGCGACCUGUCAGAGCCACAGGUGGAGGUAGAUGUCCUGGACGAGAGAGUUACGCUGCUCUCGCAUGAGCCAGCUGGAGCUGAUGGGACGGAUUUCUCUUAUUUACCAUGGUGGAAACGACCUUCUGUCCUAUGGCUAUUACCGCCGCUACUUCCGUUUACCCUUGCCUUUGGGGGAGUCGCCGUUCCAAAAAUCAACCUCAUGCUCACGCUGAUAUGUCAGGAAUAUCUCUCUGAUCGUGCAGCAAAGGACCCUACCUUUACCUAUCUACCCGUGAUAUUUGGAGGGGAAAACCCGCAAUGCCGAACCCCGGAGGUUCAUGCUCUAGUCUCCAGGUUCCAACUCGUAAUGAACCUCGUCGCCGGUGUCCUUUCGGCUGUGGUAAGCCCGAAGUUAGGACUUUUAUCAGACGGGUACGGCAGGACGAGAAUCAUUGGAUUGUGCACGCUAGGCACCCUUCUAGGGGAGGUGGUUACAGCCAUCGUCGCAACAUUCCCUAAUUACUUCUCUGUGAAUUUUCUCCUUUUGGGAGCGUUCUUCGACGGAAUGUUCGGAUCUGUUACAGCUGCUGUAGCGCUGACGCAGUCGUAUGCCGCAGACUGCACGCCUGCUAGCAAACGAAAUGUUUCCUUUGGAUACUUCCAUGGCGUCCUUUUUAUUGGCAUUGCGCUCGGCCCACUCGCAGCCGGCUACCUCAUCAAAGCUACUGGGGAUGUCCGACUCGUCUUCUACGCGGUUGUAGCUUGUCAGGUCAUAAUGCCGAUAUUCAUCACCUUGAUUACCCCAGAGUCGCUCACGAAGGAACGCCAAAAGCGUAACCGAGUGGAGAGGGAUAUAAAACCUCUGGAUAUGAAUAAACUUCGCCUACAGGACUUCAACCCUCUCAAUCUAUUGAAGCCAUUGUCGGUUCUUUUCCCUCUUACAGACAAGUCUAUCACACAAGGCGCCUCCGGGAAAUCACGCGUGAAAUUGCUACAGCGAAACUUGAUCAUUUUGGCAGCGAUUGACACAGCCUUAUUUGGUGUUACGAUGGGCACGAUGGGGACCCUCAUACUAUAUGUUGAGUAUAUGUUUGGUUGGGGUAAUAUCGAGUCAAGCUUGUAUGUCUCGGUGUCAAGCACGGUCAGGGUUAUCGUCCUACUUGCUAUACUACCCCUACUCACUCACUGGCUCCGAAACCGACGCCGCAAUACCGCCAGAGAAGGUCACAAGAACUCUGGCUCCGACAUGCUUGAUAUCGGAAUCAUCAGAGGAUCGAUUCUCUUUGAGCUCCUUGGAUAUGUUGGAUUUUGCCUUGUCAGGACAGGCCCGCUUAUGAUGCUCUGUGGGGUUAUCAUUGCUAUGAGUGCCAUGGCAUCUCCAACGAUCAACUCGACCUUAACGAAACACCUACCGCCAGACAGAACAGGUCAGCUGUUGGGUGCCAUUGGUUUGCUCCAUGCUCUAGCACGCGUCGUGGCACCAACCAUACUCGGUUUUGUUUACAGCUGGACAGUUGGGACAAUGCCACAGGCUGUCUGGAUAGGCUUGGCGGUAUACCUACCUGAAUCUAUGAUUGACAACUCCCCGGAUUUGGGUAACACAGACUACGUCCGUUCGUCCGAAUCCCAGGAUUAA